AUGUUCGGCCUCGAAUACAAUUAUUGUAAUACAGCUUGGUCUGUUGGAUAUGUAAUUGGACAAAUCCCUGGGAAUAUCUUGCUCAACAGAGUCUCGCCACACUAUAUCGUCUUCGCUCUUGAAUUUGGAUGGUCGAUCAUGACUUUAUGUACCACUUGGGUCAAAAACUGGCAUCAACUGUGUUUCAUCCGAUUUAUGGUGGGACUAUUUGAGAGUGCUUAUUAUCCAGGCUUGCUCUUCCUGAUCGGAUCAUGGUACACCAAAGACGAGCUUGGCAAGCGCUCCAACAUCUUCCAAGCAGCCACAGCGGCCGGUACCCUCAUUUCGGGUGUGAUGCAGGCGGGAGUUUAUAGAACGUUGAACGGGAAACAUUCGAUGCCUGGAUGGAGAUGGAUUUUCACGAUCGACGCUGCCAUAUCUAUACCCAUCGCUAUUUCUGCCUUCUUCCUUAUCCCAGAUUUACCAUGGAAUAUCAAACCCAAUUGGAUAUUCAAACAACAUGAUAUUGAUUUGGCGAGGGAUCGUCUGGGCGCUGCUGGGAGACAUGGUCCGAGAAAAGGUGGAUUGGGUAAGAAAGCUCUGUGGAACGUUGUCAGUACCUGGCAUAUCUGGUUGUUCACGGGGGUGUAUAGCUGUUAUAUCUUCUCGCAAAAUCCUCAACAGUCAAUGUCUUUCUGGCUCAAAUAUUCAACCAACCCAAAAUAUUCGGUCGAACAGAUCAAUUAUUAUCCAUCCGGCAUUUGGUCGACUCAAAUCGUCUCGGCAUUGGGAUUCGCCUGGAUAAGUGAUACUUUCCUCAAGGGUAAACGAUGGCCACCAUUACUCUUAGUCGCUCUUUGGCAUUGUAUCGAUUGUGCGCUUCUUGCGGGCCUACCAGUUUAUAGCGACCAUCGAGCUGAGAGAUGGGUGUUGUACUAUCUGUCUGGUGUUGUCAACUGUACACCGGGAUUACUAUAUGCCUGGUGCAGCGAGAUUAUUGGUGAGUCGUCAGAGAAGAGGGGUAUAGUGAUGGGAACCUUUAAUUCCGUUGCAUUCUCAUUCAAUGCUUGGUUACCUUUACUGUUGUUCAAGCAGACCGAACAACCUACGGUGCACAAGGGGAACAUCGCAGCUUCUGUAGCUACAGCUUUUCAAUUUAUCGGUCUUCUGGGUAUCCUGUACCUUUCUACCAGAGAUCAGAAAUGGGGUAUCGCGGCUGAGGUGAACGAGGGUGAAUUGAUCAGAUCUAACGAGGUGAUUGAGGAUGUUGAUAGCAAGGAGCGAUCGGUCUGA